AGCAGCAGAAGCAGCAGAAGAAGAAGAAGCAGCAGCUCCUCCUCCGGUUCUCCUCCGGUUCUCCUCCGGUUCUCCUCUCACGGGCGAUGGCGAGGCUGAGCCACAGCGAUCAUGUCCUCCAGCAGCUCAACAACCAGCGGGAGUGGGGGUUCCUGUGCGACUGCCUCAUCGCCAUCGGUGACAUCUACUUCAGGGCGCACAAGGCCGUCCUCGCCGCCUGCAGCUCCUACUUCAGGAUGAUGUUCAUCCGGGACCAGCAGGGGGCGGGACGGCUGGACCUCAGCAACAUGCAGAUCAGCGCCGAGUGCUUCGACCUCAUCCUGCAGCUCAUGUACCUCGGACGCAUCGUCGUGGGGAGCUACGAGUUCGACGAGCUGAAGGCCUCCAUGGCGUACCUGCAGAUGUACUACAUCCCCGACUCGCUGGAGGAUCUCAGGGACAUCAGAAGCUCCAAUCUCACACCGUCCUCUUCGGCCUCCUCGUCCUCCUCGUCCAGCUCCUCUACCGGUCCCGCCGGUGGGAAAAUGAUGUUUGGAGUGCGCAUGUACGAGCAGCAGAGGCCCGCCGCUCCUGAAGCAGAGCGUGUACCGAAAGCUGUCAGCAGCAGCGCUGUGCGUCCGGCUGUUCCUGCCCCCAGCAGCAGGCCGGCGGUGGAGGAAGUGGUGAGCGCCCCUCUGAUCGUGGCUCCGCCAGUUGUUGACGGAGUAGCCGAUCAGCCGUGUGAUUUAAGAAAGAGAUCCGGUGGAAAGAGUGCGACACUCAAAGACCGUCCUCGAUUCGGCCGCACCUACACCUGCGACGACUGCGGCUUCGUCUUCAGCUGCGAGAAGCUUUUGAUCGAACACAUCCUCACCUGCACCAACCGGAAGGCCUACCACCCGCAGAGAGGGAACAUGGAAGGGGACAAUGACUCCAGUAAGGCUGAGAGCUCCGCCUCUGAGAGCACAGAGGAGCACAGGGUCGUCUGUAAAGGCGAGGAGGACUGGCCUGAAGCCAAGGCGGACUCAGACCUCAGCAUCAGGUCAACGGCAGCAGGAACAGAUGGCGAGCCCGGUUCCACCAGGAGCAUCUCCAUUAAGACAGAACCAGAAGAAGGCGUGUUCCCUGAGAUAGAGGUGGUCCGGGUCGGCGAGCACGCCAGCAGAGACUGUAGCACACGAUUCAGUGACGCCACACGAAAAGACUUACAGAGGGACAAGACGGGAUCGGACCGUGAGCCAGAGCCUGGCGUCUCAGGUUUAGAGAACAGCAGUGAGCCGUUCGAGGGUCACAUGUCCAACAGCAAUGAUUCAGGAAUCCCAGCGAAGCUCCGGAAAGUCAAAGACGAGAAGCCAGACGCCGACUGUUCCCCCUGUGAACUGUGUGGUGCUUUGUUAACGGAGGAGGACAAGUCUGCUCACUACCUGUCCAAUCACAUGGGUCAUAUAUGCGCCUGUGGGAGGUGCGGCCAAGUGCUGAUCAAAGGCCGUCAGCUUCAGGAGCACGCGGAGCGCUGCGGUGAAUCCCACGGCGGCGAGUCGGACUCUCACGGCGAGGACGAGGUGUCGCUGCUAGAGGAGCCUCAGGGGAUGGAGGAAGGCCUGCUGGAGCCGGCCGACCUGGCCUGCCCUCACUGCGGUCUGCUGUUCCAGAACGAGAGCCUGGCGCUGGAGCACGCUUUGGCCUGUCACGACCCGGAGCUGUUCCGCCCGGUGCUGCUGGAGGAAGGCAGCGAACCCGAUCACCGCCGCAAGCACUUCUGCAGCAUCUGCGGCAAAGGUUUCUACCAGCGCUGCCACCUGCGGGAGCACUACACCGUCCACACCAAGGAGAAGCAGUUCACCUGCCAGACCUGCGGGAAGCAGUUCCUGCGGGAGCGCCAGCUGCGGCUCCACACCGACAUGCACAAAGGUAUGGCACGCUACGUCUGCCCGGUCUGCGAUCAGGGAACCUUUCUCAAACACGACCACGUCCGACACAUGAUCUCCCACCUGUCGGCGGGGGAAACCAUCUGCCAGGUGUGCUUCCAGAUCUUCCCUGGGGGAGAACAGCUGGAGAAACACAUGGACGUCCACCUGUACAUCUGCGGCGUCUGUGGGGAGAAGUUCCGCCUCCGCAAAGACAUGAGGAGCCACUAUAACUCCAAGCACACCAAGAGACUAUAGGAACGACCCGAACCGUCCUCUGCAUUUAUACGAGUUUGAUACUAAAAAAAAGCCAUAAAUGUGAGAACAAAUGUAUGCACUUGAACACCAAAAAGACUUUUUGAUCUGCACUUUUAAAGUUUAUGCAUAACCUAAACAACGUUCACACUGCGAGCAGCGGGGCUGAUGAUUGGUUGCUCUGUUACGAGUCAUCAUGGCUGGAAACUGUGUGACAGUCUCCAGCAGCGUUUUGAUUUGAUGACGUUAAGUAAAUGAAAACGUUUCACAGCUUUCAGGGUUUGAUGAGACGUUUCCUUCGUCUGUCAGAUAAGUUGGACUAAACUUCUGUCGAUGAAACAAUCACGUCGCCUCCCAACUAAAUGUAGAUUAUAAUGUUAUUAUUACUUGAAACUUUAAGUUACCCAUCUUUAUUUCUCAGAAUCUGAAGUGAUUCUUUAAACUGCCGCCAUCCAGAAACCAAAAGGUUUACUCUGAGGAGCCAAUGAGCAGAUCCAGAACCAGCUGUUGAGUUCUUUAUAAUGAAAGUCUGUUAAUUAACUCGUCUGUUCAUCGACGAAUCGUUUCAGCGCUAGAAUGUACCAAAGUCCAGUCUGCAGGUGGAGAAAAACCGAACUGGAUUCAAACUGGACCUCGAUGUUUUCUCUGGUGUCUUUCUCGACUCGCCUCCAGUCCUCAGGUCAACCGGCCUGUCGAGAAAACUCCCAGCAUGCACCUCCACCUGGCUGGUUGCUCGCAGUGUGAACGCACGGUGAGACCGGCAGAGAGCUCCGAAAGAAAACCACAUCGACGCGUCAUCUGGUGUAACCGGCGCUGAGUGUGUCUUCGGCUCUGAGCGGAGAACGACACGACAGUUUGACGCAUCGGAGACGUCGGUCAGGUUUCUUCGGAGUGAACUGUCAGCGUCUCAGAGGGCUGCGCUGCCUCCAGCUUCGGGUUAGCGUUUUCUAGCUUUGAUGUCAACUUAUUUCUCAGAAUACUAAAAGUCUCUGAAGACGAAACAUGUUGAGUUUAUAAAGUCGUAGUUAGUGAGCACAGACUGAGUCCCGCUGACUGACCCUUUGUUUGAUGCACACUGAUUCAUGCUCCUCCCUUUCUCAGCUGUAGUGCGGCUUUACAUUCACUCGCUGUCCAAAACGCUCUGUGAUUGGUGCCUUUACUGUAACAGUGGUGCGUCUCAGUCUUUUUCCUUCCUGUCUUCUUCACAGUGAUGCAUGAUGGGGGAUGGACGGGCACGUGUAACCAACUCUGUUCUGCAGAUUUAAAAAAAAUCCAGCAACAAAACACUAGAAACGGUCCGUCCGUUGGAGCCAGAGCUGUGCUGUGUUUAAACUUCUGUUACACUUUUUAUUCCUCUAAUGCCUUACGAGUCUCUAAGAUGUUUGCAGUGCAGUUGAUUUCCUGUGAGGCUGAAACUUAAUACAAGAUCACGUGUUCACAACUAACCCAAACCAGUUUAGAACCAACCAAACCAUUAAAAAACACCCUGAACCAGUUUCAAACUAUCACCACGUUUAGAAUAACUGCAGACGUUUCAGAUCCAGUUUAAACCAGUUUGAAACCAACAUAAAUAACAAACCAUCAAACCCGACUACAGUGUCCUCAGAACCAACCUAACCAGUUUA